CGCUUCGUCGCUCCCAUUGCGUGACUCGCUCGACGGACACAAAAAUGUCCACCAAACAAGACAAAGCCACGACAGAAAGGCAUGCUCGCAUCUUGCGAGAGAUGCUAAAGAGGCCGGAGAAUAAGGUCUGCGCCGACUGCAAGCGGAACGACCCGCGAUGGGCAUCCUGGAACAUAGGUUGCUUCGUGUGUAUCCGAUGCUCUGGCAUACAUCGAUCCAUGGGCACGCACAUCAGCAAAGUGAAAUCUGUUGACCUGGACACCUGGACUCCUGAGCAGAUGGAGCACAUCCAGAAGUGGGGCAACCGCCGCGCCAAUCUCUACUGGGAGUCUCAUCUGAAGGCCGGUCACAUACCUCCCGAUCACAAGAUGGAUUCGUUCAUUCGCUCGAAAUACGAGACACGCCGCUGGGCCAUGGAUGGACCGCCGCCCUCCGACCCCUCCGUGCUAGAAGACGGGGAGGCAGCCCCUCCAGCCCAGUCGACAUCCCCUCCCCCGCAAGUUCAGCCCGCGCGCACGUCACACGCCCACUCCAGCUCCAGCUCCUUCCGGACAACCGUCACGUCGACCCAGCCGCAGCCUCGCCAACUUCUCUCCCAACAACACAUGCAGCACACCCGCACCGCUACUCCACCCAUCAUAGCUAACCCGCAACAGAAAGUUCACGCUCCACAACAGCAGCAGGCUCCUGCCCCUGUUCCGGAACCGCAGAACGACCUGUUCUCCCUCGACUUCCAUGCGCCUGCAAACCCGACCGCCAGCACCGCCUCGUCCGCCGGCCCGAAGAAAGACGUGAAGUCCGACAUUCUCUCCCUCUUCUCCGCCUCGUCUCCGGCCGCGGCACCCGCUCAGCCAACGGCUUUCGGUCAGUUCGGGCAAGCAGCGCCCGUCGCUGCCGCCGCCGAUCCCUGGGGUGCCUUCGGCUCCACCCCAACAGCCGCCCAGCCUUCUCCUGCGCAAACGAGCAUGAUGGGCACGUCCGGUGCCGGGAUGUGGGGCGUGUCGUCAGGAUGGAACACGACCGCGUCUCAGCCCCACGCCGCGAACAAUCUCUGGGGGUCCGCUCCCGCUGCCAGCCCUGCGGCCCUUAACGUCGGCUCAACCGUCGGUCUGGGUGGUUCGAACGUAUGGGGUGUUCAGCCGCAGCAACCCGCCGCGAAUAACUUCAUGGCGAGCACGAACGAUAUCUGGGGAGGGUCGUCUUCGGGUGGCGCGGACCUCUUCGGUUCCGCCCCCGCUGCCCCGGCGCCAGCGAAGAAGCAAGACGACGCUUUUGGAGAUAUAUGGGGUGGGUUCAAAUAGAUGAUCAGCUCGUCUGUAGAAGGCAGUAGGUAUGUGACGUGGUGUACGCGGUUUUUGAUUCUCGGAUGUUAGCUUAAAUGGCGUUGUCUGAUCUUCGGUUUCGAUGCUGGGGAAUGGAUAUACGUGGUCUUUCGAGCAACUUCAGUUGGCGGCGUGAUAUGCACAAUG